AUGCGUAUAAUUACGUGCAUAAUUACGGCCAGAAUUACGGCAUCUGCCACGGUACGAUUUUACAAAAAUAGCCAUAAAAUUCGUACUUCUAGUCGUUAUUGGGGUUAUAAUCCUUUUUUGUGUUUAUAUGGUAAAUCAAAUCAUACAGUCGUAUUAAAUUCUAUUACGGCAGAAGAAAAAAUGUUUGAUAUUUUUAAUAAAUCAACUAAUUUCACAAUUAACGAUAUUCCUGACCUUCAAGGAAAAAUCGCAAUUGUGACCGGAGCAAAUACAGGAAUAGGAUUUAUUACAGCACAAGAAUUAGCACGUAAAAAUGCACAUGUAUUUGUGGCAUGUAGAGAUCAAACGAAAGGUGAAAAGGCGAUAAGUGAAAUAAAGCGUGUGACAGGAAAUGAUAAAGUAGAAUAUUUACCAUUAAAUUUAUCAAGUUUAAAAUCGGUUCUGAAAGCAACGGAAUUGUUUUUAGAUCGAAAAUUACCGUUACAUAUUCUUGUUAAUAAUGCUGGAAUAAUGGCAACUCCUUUCACAUUAACAGAAGAUGGUAUCCAAGAUCAAUUUGGAAUUAACCACAUUGGUCAUUUUCUUUUUACAAUAAAACUCUUGCCCACAAUCGAAGCUUCUGCACCUUCUAGAAUAGUCAACCUCACCAGUUUGGCACAUAAUCGCGCCCCUAAAUGUGGAAUUGAUUUUGAAAAUCUAAAUAAUCCCAAUGCUUAUGGCUCGUUUUCAAGAUACGGUCAAUCAAAAUUAGCAAAUAUUUUGUUUUCUUUAGAACUCAAUAAAAGACUCGCUGAUAAAGAAGUUUAUGUGAAUUCUGUUCACCCAGGUGUCGUCAAAACAGAUUUAUACCGUAAUUUGAAAGAUAGCAUGGGAUUCUUGGCAAAACCCAUAGAAAUGAUAACUGGAUUGAUCAUGAUUUCAUCUGAAGAAGGAGCCAUGACAUCACUUUAUUGUGCUACCAGUCCGGAAAUUAUUGAAAAAAAUUUAAGAGGAAAAUAUUUUGUACCAAAUGGAAAAUUAAGUAACCCCGAAAAAUCAGGAACUGAUGAGGAUUUGGCUUUAAAAUUAUGGAAAUACUCGGAAGAAUUAAUUAAUAAAAAAUUGAAUUCUUAA